AUGCAGUAUUAUUUCAGUCGAUUAUUUAUAUUAUUUUUAUGUAUAAUGGUUAUUGUUGAUGAUAGUACUACUGCACUUAAACUACGAUUACCAUCUCUACGAAUAACUUCAACAUUUACUAGAACAGCUGAAACUAUAAAGAGAAAGCUUCGAGUACAUAAUAAUGCAAUUGAAGAUCCUUCUAAAACAAUGCCAUCAAAAAAUGAACUUUAA